AUGCAUUUCUCUCACAAGAAAAGAAACCUUAUCAGCAAUGGCCGCCUCACUCAUUCUCCCCUCUCUUUCUCUCUCUAAAACCUCACCCAAAACCCUAAUUUCAACAGGAAUCAGAAAGCUAACUCUCUCUCUCUUCACUCCGACCCUCUCUCUGAACUCAAAAGGAAGGGCAUCCCUUUCUCUCUCUAAAAGGGCUCCGUUGUUUAUUAGAAGCGUUGCGGUCUUCUCUGAGUUUCAACAAGAAGAAGAUGAAGCACCCUCUGAAGAGGCAAACUUCUCUGCUGAUUUGAAACUCUUUGUUGGGAACCUCCCUUUCAGUGUUGAUAGUGCGAGGCUUGCAGAGCUCUUCGAGCAAGCUGGAAAUGUCGAAAUGGUUGAGGUUAUAUACGACAAGCAAACCGGGAGAAGCCGAGGCUUUGGGUUUGUAACGAUGUCUACUGUUGAGGAAGUGGAAGCGGCUGUUCAGCAAUUUAAUGGCCAUGACUUUGAAGGAAGACAAUUAAGGGUGAAUUCGGGACCUCCUCCAGCGAGAGACGAGAUGUCACCUAGAGGGUCCCGAGGUUUUGACUCUCCUAGGCCCCGAAGUUUUGACUCUCCGAACCGAGUCUAUGUUGGGAACCUUUCAUGGGGUGUGGAUGAUUUGGCUUUGGAGAACCUUUUCAGUGAGCAAGGCAAGGUUAUGGAGGCCAAGGUGGUAUACGAUAGAGAAAGUGGCCGAUCAAGAGGCUUUGGAUUUGUAACCUACAGUACAGCGGAGGAGGUGACUAGCGCGAUUUCAACACUUAAUGGGGCCGACUUGGAUGGUAGACCAAUAAGAGUUACCCCAGCUGAAGCAAAACCCAGGCGCCAGUUUUGAUUCCAACUGGUUUUAUGAAUGAGUUUCAGUACUCGAGCCAGGGAGGAUGGAAUAUGUGCACUUCACUUUUUGUUACCCAUUGGUGUGGGUAAUUUGUUUUUCUUUAUGGAUUUUAUUUGGGGAUUUUCUUUGGGUGGGUUAAGAGAAUACGGUACUCUUUCUUCAAAAAAAAGAUGUCAGUAGUGUUCUCUCUCUCAGCCCCCCGAUCUUCCUAAGCUCCUUUAAUGUAAUGGUUUGGGUCUCUUUCUUAAGCUGGUCAAAUAUUAUAGGUGGUUCUCUCUCUCUCCUUAGAGAUGCGGGUCUCUCUCGCCAUCUUUUCUUUUCUUUUCUUUCAUCGGAAGCUGGUAGUUGGUCUCCCCGCUUGGUCUUUUUAAGCUGGUUUGAUGCAAUAGGUUUCUCUCUCUCUCUCUCUCACACACACAAUCUGGUUUGAUGUAAUAGGUGUUUCUCUAUCUCUCUCUCAAUCUGGUUUGAUGUAAUAGGUGUUUCUCUGUCUCAAUCUGGUUUGAUGUAAUAGGUGUUUCUCUAUCUCUCUCUCAUUCCGGUUUGAUGUAAUAGGUGUUUCUCUAUCUCUCUCUGAAUCUGGUUUGAUGUAAUAGGUGUUUCUCUCUCUCUGUUGGUCUUCUUAAGAUGGUAGGAUGUAACAGGUUGGUUGCUCUCUCUCUAUAGCAAACUGAUAACUUGGAAAGGGGGGUGUUACUUUGUUAAGAUAGGGAUUGUGUAUGAAUAUUUUGGGUUGGUCUUGAAAAAUCAUGGUAAUUCCUUUUUAAUGAGAUAAUUACCUGUUUAAUUUCUACUCGUUGGUAUAGAUUUUUAUUUAUU